GCCCUCUUGCAAUUGUGAACGAUCGCGUUCUUCGCGCGGGUCUUGGGGAGAUCUACGUUUGGGAACGUAGUCAGCUGAAAAGACAUGCUAAUGGUGGUCUAGUUGGCAGGCACCUCGAGCUCGAUGAGGAAGACGAGGAGUACUUUCCCGAGACCGAGAGGUCCCAAGGUCAGACGUUUACCUCCAUUUUAAAGAUUGAAGGCGGGAUGACUCCUUCCGACUGGACCAAGCAUCCCUCCUCUUCAGCUCAGCUUCUCGUGGGCGACAAAAAUGGGUGCCUGUUUCGAUCUUUGGAUUUGAACAACGGUAGAAUCGUUCAGCGGUUCAUUGGUCACGCGGACCAGGUUACGGGAAAACCUGCAACCCAUGCCGACGAUCCCAACUCCUUUGUUACCGCAGGGCAAGAUGGGCAUGUUCGUCUCUGGGACCUCCCCGUCAUGACAUUCUCGGGCCACAGGGGUUCUGUCAAUGGUGUCGCAUAUGCCAUGAUUGACGGUGUGCCGACUAUCUUUUCUGGUGGUGAAGAAACUGAUGUCCCCGACAGGCAACAAUUCGGUCCAAGAUAUUGUGUGGCAUGCCGAGCACAUGACCUUAUAUGCAAGUACUUGGUGCCGACAUUUGGAUAUAAUCUCCGGCGUCGUUCAGAGUUCCCACCUGGACAUUUCGAAGAGGAAUACGUUAGUGAUGAUGACGAUGACGAUGCGAAUCCAGGAUCAAAGCGCUGGUGGCCAACUGACGCUGCUCGCGAGCCCAACGUUUUUGGGCGUGCUUGGAACUUGGCCAUUUUCAUGGACGAGUAUCGUGCGUCUUGUGGUCAAGGCAGACGGCAACAGGUGGAUGCGUUCGUCACCAUGACCGCCCCCACAAAACAAAUGAAAACCGAGGAAUGCGAGAUUUUUCCAAAAAGAGGC